AUAUCAGCUGAAAUGAUUCCGUGCGAGCCACGCAUUUGUUCCACACGGAAUUCACCCAAUACUAGCACCGCUCCACAUGUGGUACGGAGUUCCCAGUUCUUAGCCAACCUUAUCUCCAUUAAACCAACGAUACCUCACUUGCUCACCAAUCUAUCAUACAUAUUUCUUCGAUUAUCUUCAGAUAUUUGUAAUCUUCGAAUCAAUCCCGGACCGUGUUUGGCCAUCCAUUAUCGAUGGGGCUGGGACAAUCGUCGUAGACAAUGCAUCCGGUUCCGUUACGGCGGCUGUGGUGGAAACCCGAACCGUUUCCCAAGCAAACUGGGAUGUGAACUGGCCUGUCGAUAUCUCUGGUAUGAAAACGAAAAUUAUUGGGAAAAUGCCAAUAAGAGCUUUGCGUGGGCCUACAUUAGUGGAUAUUAUAGUCCGUACUUAAGACAAGUUCAAAGUUUUAUAAUGAUUAUCCGUUUAACGAACCCACUUCGAAAAAUUUUGCGUAUAUCUUAUACGAGUCAAGCGUUGUCCCCUUGUCAUAAUCGUUUGAACAUUUUCAACUUCAAAUUUUUCAAUUGGCGCAUAGCUGCGCAACUGAUUCUUCUGUUAUGCAAUUUUCGGUGUUGUCUAGUUUCACAUCCAACCAUACAGGACCUUUUGACACAUUUUUCACACUACUAA